UCAGCGUGGUCCCAGUGGACACCAUGUGACACGACAUGCGGAGCUGGCAUGGAAGAGCGAUUCAGAUCUCCAUCCAACCCCCCCAACGCCAACGGUGGUACGCCCUGUGAGGGGGACACGCGGGACGUCAGAGAAUGUUACACUCCAUGUGCCAAUGGGACGGACAUAUUGUGGAGUGAUUGGACCCCGUGGUCUCCAUGUUCUAGAACGUGCUUCUAUGAUGUGGAAAAUAUUGGGAUGCGUAGAAGGUUCCGGCAUUGUAACAGCACGCUGUCCUCCUCCUUUGGCCCUCCGUGUGUCGGGGAAUCUGUUCAGGAGGAGCCAUGUGACACGCCGCUGUGUCCCGUUGUUGGCGGUUGGUCCUCCUGGAGUCCCUGGACGGAGUGCACUGCCACCUGCGACUCCGGAAUUCAGACACGAAACCGCUCAUGCUCUCACCCUGUGCCAUCACACGGGGGCCCCGACUGCUGGGGGCCACAUAUCCAGACCAGGGAGUGUAACACACAUCCCUGCAGAGAUCUGUGCCCACCCGAUAUGAUACAUCAGACCCCGGAGGAGUGCCGCGGCUCCGGGGGGGCGUGUCCUCGCCUGUGCCUGGAUCAGGCUUCCCAGGUAGAAUGCGCCUCCACCUGUUAUGAGGGCUGUUACUGCCCCGAGGGGCUCUUCCUGCAGAACAACAACUGCGUGCCGCAGACUGAAUGUUCCUGUUACCACCGGGGGGCGCUGUACCGGCCCGGGGAGAAUGUGACGCUGGACGCCUGCAAUAACUGCACCUGUGUGUCCGGUGAGAUGGUCUGCAGUGCAGCUCUGUGUUCAGUGGAUUGCGGUUGGAGUGAUUGGACCUCGUGGAGCUCCUGCAGCCGUACGUGUAAUGUUGGCACCAGACGCCGAUACCGAUCCGGGACCGACCCAGCCGCAGCCUUCGGAGGACGGACUUGUGAGGGCUCCAGCGUGGCCAUCGAGCUCUGCAGCUUGCAGCCAUGUAAAGGCUCCUCCGGGGAUUGGGGGCUCUGGUCAGAAUGUUCCGUGCCCUGCGGGGGAGGAUACCGGAACCGCAGCCGCGUCAGCGUCGUCCUUCGCCGUAUUGAGUUCUCCACGUGUCAUCUUCAUCCGUGUGCUGGAGAGGAUCCUGGGAUCUGUCCGGAUGGGAUGGUAUGGAAGGAUUGCGGUGAUGGCCCCGCCUCCUGCGCUGAUCUGGGUGAUGAAGGAGACAACAGGACGUGCCGGCCAGGCUGCUACUGCCAUAGAGAGGAGCUCCUGCUGGCUCCUCCGGGGAUUGGGGGCUCUGGUCAGAAUGUUCCGUGCCCUGCGGGGGAGGAUACCGGAACCGCAGCCGCGUCAGCGUCGUCCUUCGCCGUAUUGAGUUCUCCACGUGUCAUCUUCAUCCGUGUGCUGGAGAGGAUCCUGGGAUCUGUCCGGAUGGGAUGGUAUGGAAGGAUUGCGGUGAUGGCCCCGCCUCCUGCGCUGAUCUGGGUGAUGAAGGAGACAACAGGACGUGCCGGCCAGGCUGCUACUGCCAUAGAGAGGAGCUCCUGCUGUGCCCCUGUACUGAGGGCGGAAACUUCUAUGAGCCCGGAGAGACGGUGCCGAGAGACUGCAACAACUGCCGUGGAUGGGGAUUGGUCGGAUUGGACGCCGUGGAGUAAUUGUUCUGCUACAUGUGGUGGAGGAUUCCAGAACCGCUACCGGUUCUGCACGGACCCCCCUCCUUCAAGGAGCGGUCUACCCUGCGAAGGUCCUGACAGGGAGGAGCGGCCCUGCAACCUGGAGCCAUGUGAAGCAUUGAUCACCCUUGUGGAGGGCCCCAUGGACAAGCAGCUGGAGGCCGGGCCCCGCACCGCGACCUCUCCUGGCUUUGGUGCCGCGUGGCUGCCCUUGUGUGACUCUGUGGGGCCUAAAUCGUGUUUCCCCGGCACCACACGAAGCACCCUUGUCAGAGAUGUUCCCCUUUCCACUCUCACCCCCAAUGUUGCCUCUGCAAGGGGGGUGUCUGAGCUGCUGGCCUUCUACGAGGACAAGGUGGAGGCCUAG